GAAACAAUCUUGACGCCGAUUUAUUCAUGCUCCCGCCCCCCUCCCUCCAACCCCGCAGCCCCCACCUUUGAAAGGCAGCAGGAACCUGACUCUUGUAGUCAGCGCCGGGAUAAAGGAAGUGCUGCGUAGGCCGCUCCAACUCCUCCCCACGGGCGGCCGCAUCUGAGGUUUGAGUUUUCCACUUUUCCAAGUCACAGCUGGUGGGGCCUCUCCCAUUCCUGGGCUUCAGCGAUAACCCCAGAACUAACGUCUUCUGAGCCCCUGCCACCGGCAAGGGAGGGGCGGGGCGGACUUCCCCAGGGUGGCCGGUCUGCUCCAGGUGCCACGGGACCUCGGCGCCAGUGCUGGACCAGAACUGUUUAAAUCAUGGACCAACAAAGUGUGCAAAGGAAUGCUCCUCAGCCGGGAAUGAAUUUUCCAGCUGGAUACUCCCCUCAGUAUCCACCAGCAGCAUUCCAAGGACCUCCAGGACCUCCUGGCUACCCUGGCCCCCAGCCUGGCUACCCAGGCCCCCAGCCUGGCUACCCAGGCCCCCAGCCUGGCUACCCAGCACCACCAGCUGGCUUUCCUGCCCAACACCAGCCAGUAUACAAUCAGCCAGGUGGACCUCCAGGUGUACCAUGGAUGCCAGCACCACCACCUCCAUUGAACUGUCCACCUGGACUGGAGUAUUUAACUCAGAUAGAUCAGAUCCUGGUUCAUCAGCAGGUCGAGCUUCUGGAAGUCCUAACAGGUUUUGAAACCAAUAACAAAUAUGAAAUUAAGAACAGCUUUGGACAGAGGGUUUACUUUGCGGUAGAAGAUACUGAUUGCUGUACCCGAAACUGCUGUGGGUCUGCUAGGCCUUUUACCAUAAAGAUUAUUGAUAACGUGGGCCGAGAAGUCAUCACUCUGGAGAGACCGCUAAGAUGUACCUCCUGUUAUUUCCCCUGCUGCCUUCAGGAGAUAGAAAUCCAAGCUCCUCCUGGUGUUCCAGUAGGUUAUGUUGUUCAGAACUGGCACCCCUGUCUGCCAAAGUUUACAAUUCAAAAUGAGAAAAAAGAGGAUAUACUAAAAAUUGCUGGCCCAUGUCUUGUGUGUAGCUGUUGUGGAGAUGUUGAUUUUGAGAUUAAAUCUCUUGAUGAAGGAACUGUGGUUGGCAGAAUUUCAAAACACUGGACUGGAUUUUUGAAAGAGGCAUUUACAGAUGCAGAUAACUUUGGGAUCCAGUUCCCUUUAGACCUGGAUGUUAAAAUGAAAGCUGUGAUGCUGGGCGCGUGUUUCCUCAUUGACUUCAUGUUUUUUGAACGCACUGGAGGCGAGGAACAGAAAGCAGGGAUAUGGUAGCAGAUUAAUGAGAGUUUUCUUGAAAAUUUGAAGUCCACGUACCGGUUGGGACUAUCCAAAUGGAAAACUCCAUGUUUUUUUUUUUUUUCCUUUCUUUCUUUAUUAAAGUGAUUUAUGAUGUGUGAAUUGUGUCACAGUAAUGCAUGUAGCUUCAGGUAUAUGAUUUCCCUUUUCAAAUUACAGAGUUUAUUUUCUGUAUUACUGGCUUAUAAAUGUCUUUAUACAUUUUCUUUGAAUACUCAACUGUAUAUUUUUGAGAAAGGGCAUAUGUAUUUUUACAUUUAGAUGUGACAUUUCUAAAAAACUACUUCGAAUUAGUCUCUGCUUUUUGAUUUUUUAUAGCAAGAUUUAAUUAAAACUUUAUCAUUGAAAUAAUUUUAGUAGAAAAGUAUACUAUUGUAUUAAAUCUGGUUAUAACUUAGCUGAUGUGUAACAACUAAUAUUAUUUUGAAAAUAACUAUUUUCAAGAAAGUAAAAAAAAUUCACUUUCCUUCACCAUUAUAUGCAGAGAAUACACAAUAUGAGUGUUAGUGAGGAAAAGUAAAAUGUGUGUUUUUCAAUCUUUGGUGAGUCACCAUAUAUUCAACUUCUCCUAUAAAUUAAUUCACUACUAUAAGCUUUUCAGGAAACCGUGGUAGCAUAGUGAUUAAGUGCGAUGGCUGCUAACCAGAAGGUCGGCAGUUCGAAUCUGCCAGGCGCUCCUCGGAAACUCUAUGGGGGCAGUUCUACUCUGUCCUACAGAGUUGUUAUGAUUUGGAAUCAACUUGAUGGCGGUGGGCAGUGGGUAUAAGCUUUUCAUGCUGACCAGACAAUAAAGUUCUCCACAAACAAAGAAAGACAGUUCUUCCCCAAAGAAGUGUACAUUUUAAAGACGCACUUGUCCAAAAACUGAGGUAUUGAGUUUUUUAAGUCAUUUUUUACACAUGGAGUGAGUAUAGCCUGCGUUCUCAUUCCUAGACCGUGGUAUUUACCAGAGUACCCAGGUGUUGAUUAACUAGAGCGUAUAUAUGCCGCCACAGAAUUUCAACUUCAGUAACCACAUCGCUGAAAUAAACGUAUUGAAUAAUUCCUUGCAUAUCUGGUUUUUAUUGUUAAACAAACUGUGGCUGAUGAAUUCAGGUGGUGUUCUGAAUCCGGCGCAUUUAAUUUCCCUUCCCUUUCAGAUCU